AGAUGGCAAACCCUCAGGAUAGAGGUGCAUCGAGUAGCCCACGUCCAAAGCGGGAGAAGAAACUUCCGGGACAUCUGGUGGACUAUGAGCACAAUCUAACUGAGCCAUCCAAGUCAUCUAGAGCUCCAAGUAGUUCAAGCAGCUCCGACUAUGAAGAGGAAGAGAGAUGGCAGAAGAUGGAAUCAGUCUGGAACAGUGUCCUCCAACACAUGACUCAACUGCAAGUAUCUAUGGAGGAAACUCGUGGUACAUUACUGGAGCGGGUGGAGCGUUUGGAGCAGGCUUCCAAACCUGGCAGUCCUCUUCCCCCAGAAACAGGAGCGUUAGAACAACGCCAACAUAUUUCCUCCAUAACACAAGCUCCACCGCUACAACCUAGCAGUGAGGUGUUACAUGAGACCACAGAGCCACUAACUGUGCCAGUAGUACCCUCAGAGCAGGACACCACAACACCUGUGAACAUGCUGACGCCAGUGGCAACGUCUGCUCCAUCACCGCCUCGUAAAGUGAGCCUUCACACUCAGCCAGUGCUGCACCCUGCCACUUAUGUAGCUGCAUCGACGCCACUCAGGAGACCUGAACGAUGCACUGCUGAACCCUUCUCAUAUCAGCAAUCGGAACAUCAUCUCCUUAUGGGCAGGCCAGACCGGAUGCAGCUAUUACAUCCUGCAGCCCCAGCUGAUCAGCCACUACGACGUGCUCAUCUUUCAGCACACCAGCUAUCACAGCCUGUAGACCCAGUGAGUCUGUGGCAGACGUCACAUCCUGCUGCUCCCGUCUUCCAAGCCAGACAUCCAGCUAAUCCUGUGUACUUGCAGCAACCACCACAUCCUGCUGAUCCUACCUACCAACCUUCACGUCCACCAGAACUUGUGACCCAGCCAUCACAGUGGGCAGAAGCUCAUCACCCUGUGCCCCGCAUACUGCAUCCUGAAGCUUUGCCUGAUCCAGCUGGCAAAUACUAUGUUCCUUAUCCCUCAGGAAGUAACUAUUCAUCAUCUUCCGCUGCUGAACACCAUAAUCCACAGGUGGCCACAACUUCCCCGGCAGGAACACCUCUACCAAACCUGAUGGAGAUGAUGGUGGCGUCUUCAUAUGGCAUUCCAAAGCCUAAGCUGGUGAUCUUCAGGUCGGGCAGAGAGAGUGACUUCGCCUUAUUAAAGAAAGGGCUGGACAGCACCUUAGGGCCACAUUCUCAUCUGGGAGAAGAUUACAAGUAUCAGGUCCUCCUAGAUCAUCUAGAGCAUCCCAGCGCCCUACAGGUAGCCAAGCGCUACAUUCAUGACCGCACUCCCUACACUAGUGCAAUGAGGGCGCUAGAGCAGAGGUAUGGACAGCCAAGGCAGUUAGUCCAAAGUGAGCUUAGCACUAUAUUAAACUGCCCCCCUAUUAGAACCGGAGACUCUCAAGCUAUUGAAGACCUGUCCCUGUCUGUGUCCAGCCUGGUCGGGCUUCUCAGUACCAUGGAUGAAGUAGCAGCCAGUGAGCUCCAUUGUGGUUCACAUGUGGACAGACUGCUUACCAAGCUCCCCCUGAACUACAGAGACAGCUUCAUCGAGUACUGUAUCACCCGGGGGAUCAUCCGCACUGGGAGCAGCCGAACAUACAAUAUGUACGACUUCUCAGAAUGGCUCGAACGGAAAUCCCAAGUCCUUCAGCUGUCCAGACAAGCCUCCCAAAUGCCCCCUGACAGGUCACGUCCAGAGAAGAACCUACUCAAAGCCUCAGCAGGGCUCAAGCCACACAACAAAUCUGCUUCCAUCUACUACGGCCCAAAUCCACCUCAAGCCCAGCUAAGACAGGAGGUAGAAUCUACAGCUCCAGAUCCAACAGUCCAACCAAAGAAGAGACAGAAGUUCAAACCUUAUUGUCCAUACUGCGAGGGGACAGAGCAUUAUCUGAAUGGCUGUGAUGGAUUCAAGAGGCUAGACCUCAAAGCUAUGGCUACCUGGAUUACAGGGAAGGCCAAAUGUUGGCGCUGUGGCCGUAAACAUUCUCCAGAGCAGUGUACACUGAAGAAGCCGUGCAGCACCUGUGGUGACCAGCAUUUGUCGGUGCUCCAUGACCUGGUUGAGGCCAAGAAGCGGGACCCUAACAUACUAACUGUGAGUACUAGUAUGGUCUACCUAGACUAUUCAAGUCACUCAGGUCGUGUUAUGCUUAAGGUAGUGCCCAUCCAACUACAUCAUGGUGGCAAAUCUCUGGACACAUUCGCCGUACUUGAUGACGGCUCAGAGAAGACUGUUGUGCUUCCUGCGGCAGUUAAAUCUCUAGGUUUGGAACAGCAGGAAGCAACACUCUCACUAAGAACUAUCCGUCGAGAUGUAAUCCAGAUGAAGGGAGGCUUUGUCUCAUUUCAGGUGUCACCAAGGGCUAAGCCUAAAGUGAGGUACAAAGUAACACAUGCCUUCACAGCCGACCAGCUGAGUCUAGCUACUCAGUCAUGUCCAGCUGACCAGCUGAAGAAGAAGUAUCUUCACUUGCAGAAAGCCCAGAUUGAAGGAUUCAACCAGGUCCAACCUUUGGUGCUGAUUGGCUCAGAUAACGCUCAUCUCAUCACCCCUGUCCGUCCUGUCCUUCGGGGGUCGUCCAAAGGGCCGGUAGCCGUCUGCACCAAGCUCGGAUGGGCCAUCCAGGGGCCGGCCAGUAGUAUGCCUACAUCUGAGGGGGACCUGCAGUGCCUGAACAUGUGCCUUUCUCCUGCAGAGACCUUGCAUCAAGAUGUGAAGCGUUUGUGGCAACUAGAUGCUUCCCCCUACAGGACAGAGAAGGAGGUCACACGGUCAAAGGAGGACAGAGAGGCGUUAGCUAUGUUGGAAACAAAGACCAUCAGAGUCCCAGUAGAUGAUGUCGAGAGAUACGCCACUCCGCUGCUGAGAAGAAGGGACUUUCCACGGAUGAGUGUCUCUCCUGAAGCAGUAAAAGGCCUCCUCAGAUCUACCGAACGUAAGCUGGCCAAGCAUCCUGAUCUGACUCUCACAUACAGCCAGGAGAUCCACAGGUUAGUGGAUUCUGGUUAUGUUGUGAAGCUGAGCCCAGAAGAGACACAUAGCUCUUCCGAGUCAUGGUAUGUACCCCACCACAUGGUGCAUCACAACAAUAAGGCUAGGGUGGUCUUCAACUGUUCAUUUGAGUUUCAGGGGACCGUCCUGAACCACUACCUCUUACCAGGACCUCCCUUGGGGCCCACUCUGCUGGGGGUAUUACUCCGCUUCCGCCAACACCCUGUGGCCGUGAGUGGAGAUAUCAAAGCCAUGUUUCAUCAGAUUCGGCUGCUCCCAGAGGAUUGUCCUCUACUGCGGUUUCUGUGGAGGGAUUGUGAAACUGACCGGCCCCCAGACGUAUAUGAGUGGAGAGUUUUGCCCUUCGGCACGACAUGUAGCCCCUGUUGUGCUAUUUUCGCCCUACAGAGACAUGCAAGGGAGCACGAAGACACCCACAAGGACAUCUGUGACUCUGUCCACACAGCCUUCUAUGUGGAUAACUGUUUACAGUCCCUGUCCAAUCCAGAAGAGGCAAAGCAGCUCAUCGACCGAAUGAGAGAUUUACUCAGUCAAGGAGGAUUCGAGAUACGUCAGUGGGCGAGCAACGUGCCCGAAGUAGUUGCUCACCUGCCCGCUUCAGCUAGAUCAGAGAGCUGCGAGCUUUGGUUGAACUUCAAAAGUCUCGACCCACAAGAGUCAACAUUAGGACUCAGCUGGCACUGCCCUACAGAUGUCCUGGGAUAUAAGCACCGCCCUAUAACCUACUCCACGGUCACGCUGCGCAAUGUGUACAAGGUACUAGCUACCCAGUAUGACCCCCUAGGUUACAUUUGUCCCUACACUACAAGGGCCAAGCUGAUUGUACAGGCCCUGUGGAGCACCGAGAGAGGAUGGGAUGAGCCCAUCGAAGGGAAUCUACUACAGUCCUGGCUUGAGUGGGAAGGUGAGCUGUCACACCUUCAGCAUGUCACCAUUCCCCGCUGCUAUGCUCCUCCUCACAACUCCAGCAAUGUGACAUACGAGGCUCACAUAUUCUGUGACGCAUCAGAAAAGGCUUAUGGGGCUGUGGCUUAUCUUCGAGUAAUCGAGCAACAACUGCCCAUCGCCACAUCAUUCCUGUUGGCUCGUUCCAGAGUGGCCCCACGCAAACAGGUGUCAAUGCCCCGGUUGGAGCUUUGCGCAGCACUCACAGGAGCCCAGUUGGCCAGAGUACUCCAGACAGAGCUCACCAUCCGCCUGCAGUCGAUCUACCUGUGGACAGACUCUACAACGGUGCUGCAGUGGAUCCAGUCUAGUUCCUGUCGCUAUAAGGUAUUUGUGGGGACUAGAAUUUGUGAAAUACAGGAGCUGACAUCACCUGAACAGUGGCGGUAUGUGACCUCUGACCUCAAUCCCGCUGAUGACAUCACCAGAGGGAAACAUCUCGCCGACCUAACAGUCCCCAAUCGUUGGUCACAUGGUCCACCCUUCCUGUCACAAACUGCUGACACCUGGCCUAAGUUGCCAACAGAGUUCCCGGCAUGCAGUGAGGCAGAGCUCAGGAAGACUGCAUUCUGUGGGCACGCCUCGGUAUCCCCGACCUUACCGGAUCCAACACAGUAUGCCACACUAGAUGAGCUGAUUGCUGCUACACAUCGGAUCCUACACGGGGCGGCCGACACUCCUAUUACAGCAGCGGAGCAGUUAGAAACCAAGACCAUGCUGCUUCGCUCGGCUCAGACUGACAGCUUCGCAGAGGACGCCAAAGCCCUCCAGAUCGGUCACCCAGUGCGCUCAGACAGCCGUCUUAGCGUGCUGUCCCCUGAAUAUGAAAGUCUGACCGGUCUCAUCAGAGUCGGAGGCCGUCUCCGUCGAGCCGCCGACUUAGAUCCAGACAGUAUUCAUCCCAUUGUGUUAGCAGCUGAACAUCCCCUGACGAAGCUCAUCAUAAAAACUUAUGAUGACCAGCUCCUUCAUCCAGGUGCAGAGAGGCUGUUUGCGGAAAUACGGCGCACCUAUUGGAUUCUCAGAGGACGUCAAGCCAUUAAGAAGCACCAGCACCAGUGUGUGGACUGUAGGAGAUGGCGCGCCUCACCUUCUACACCCAAAAUGGCUGACUUACCUUCAUCACGGCUGAGACUCUAUAAGCCCCCGUUCUGGUCAACGGGCGUAGACUGUUUUGGGCCGUACACGAUAAAGAUAGGUCGUAGAAGAGAGAAACGCUGGGGAAUUAUCUACAAGUGUCUUACAACCAGAUGCCUGCACCUUGAUCUCCUCCCUAGCCUCGACACCGAUUCCUUCCUUAUGUCAUUACGGAGAUUUAUCGCACGCCGAGGGAAGCCGUACGAGAUGUGGUCUGAUCGAGGGACCAAUUUCAGAGGUGGUCACAGAGAACUCCAAACGGCGUUUGAAAACAUGGAGCCUGACCUCAAGCAGCAACUAGCCAAGCAGACUAUCAACUUCUGCUUCAAUCCCCCACACUCUCCUCAUUUCGGAGGAGCCUGGGAAAGGGAAAUCAGAGCAGUGAAGUCAGCUCUGCAAGUAGUCCUGAAGGACCAAGUGGUAGCUGAAGAAGUCCUACUUACCGCUCUCAUAGAGGUUGAGGGCAUUCUGAACUCAAAACCGCUUGGCUAUGCAUCGGCUGACAUAGCUGACCCAGAUCCCAUCACACCAAAUCUUCUCUUGAUGGGGCGGCAUGAUUCAGCACUGCCCCAGGCAGUUUACGGCCCCUCAGGCACUCUUUCAACCAGAAGAUGGAGACACAGUCAGGUCAUCAGUGACCACUUCUGGAAGCGGUUCAUACAGAACUACCUCCCAGGACUGCAACUCCGACAGAAAUGGAGGAAGUCCACUGACAACAUGGCCGUGGGACAAGCUGUUAUGAUUGUGGACUCUAAUCUGCCUAGAGGCCUUUGGCCUGUGGGUACCAUUUCCCAAGUUUUUCCAGGGACUGAUGGCAUCAUUCGAGCUGCUGAGGUCAAGGUUAAAGACAGUACCUACGUUCGCCCGGUGACUAAGCUGGUGGAACUGCCCAAAGUUCCUGAGGACUCAGAUGAUACUGUCUCAAAAUAGAAGGACUUUAGCAUGAGUGUAUUUGCAUACAAAUACAGGGGCGGCUGUUAAAAGUCCGCUUGUUCACUUUAACUGUUUAGACUACGUUACCCAUGAUGCACCUCGGUAUCUGUACUUCCGGUUGGGAACGUGUUCAGCGCAGUUCUGCACAGAUGAGAGGUGUGUCGGAGGAGUCGGAGGAUUAACGUUUUUCCUUGCAUUCCUGUGUGUGUUGACCCUGUGUGCGUGCUUAUCAUAUGACCACACACACUCAUAUACACUAUCACACUCCCUUUACCUGCAUGUGAAUGCUGUAAUGCAAUCGCCUCCCCACCAAAGCUGUGCACCCUGUUGAUGUCAUCUGCCUCCUCCUUAUUAAAGUUACUUGAACUACGUCACUGUGGAGUGCCAUUCCUUCUGACCGAGGACGACUCAGUUGAAGCGUGAUCGGCAAUCAGUGCAAACAUAUAUUACAACUUCUUUACUGAAACCAAAGAAGCAGGAAUCUGCAGCUUUGAAGACUUCCAGGUUGUGUUCAUCUUUGAUGGUCUGGAUGAGUGUCGACUUCCUCUGGACUUCCACAAAACUGAGAACCUGACUGAUGUUACAGUGUCCACUUCAGUGGAUGUGCUGCUGAUAAACCUCAUCAGGGGAACUUGCUUCCCUCUGCUCGCCUCUGGAUAACCACAUGACCUGCAGCAGCCAGUCAGAUCCCUCCUGACUGUAUCGACAUGGUCACAUAUGUCAGAGGGUUCACUGACCCACAGAAGGAGGAGUACUUCAGGAAGAGAUUCAGAGAUGAAGAACAAGCCAGCAGGAUCAUCUCCCACAUCAAGACAUCACGAAGCCUCCACAUCAUGUGCCACAUUCCAGUCUUCAGCUGGAUCACUGCUACAGUUCUGGAGGAUGUGCUGAAAACCAGAGAGGGAAGACAACUACCCAAGACCCUGACUGAGAUGUACAUCCACUUCCUGGUGAUUCAGGCCAAAGUAAAGAAGGUCAAGUAUGAUGGAGGAGCUGAGACAGAUCCACACUGGACUCCAGAGAGCAGGAAGAUGAUUGAGUCUCUGGGAAAACUGGCUUUUGAUCAGUUGCAGAAAGGAAACCUGAUCUUCUAUGAAUCAGACCUGACAGAGUGUGGCAUCGAUAUCAGAGCAGCCUCAGUGUACUCAGGAGUGCUCACACAGAUCUUUAAAGAGGAGAGAGGACUGUACCAGGACAAGGUGUUCUGCUUCAUCCAUCUGAGUGUUCAGGAGUUUCUGGCUGCUCUUCAUGUCCAUCUGACCUUCAUCAACUCUGGAGUCACUCUGCUUUAAGAGCAACAGACAGCCUCCAAGAGGUCAAAACCAAGAAAAUCUACAGAGACACACUUCUAUCAAAGUGCUGUGGACAAGGCCUUACAGAGUCCAAAUGGACACCUGGACUUGUUCCUCCGCUUCCUCCUGGGUCUUUCACUGCAGACCAGCCAGACUCUCCUACGAGGUCUGCUGACACAGACAGGAAGUAGCUCACAGACCAAUCAGGAAACAAUUCAGUACAUCAAGGAGAAGCUCAAGGAGAAUCUGUCUGCAGAGAAAAGCAUCAAUCUGCUCCACUGUCUGAAUGAACUGAAUGAUCGUUGUCUAGUGAAAGAGAUCCAACAGUCUCUGAGUUCAGGAAGUCUCUCUACAGACCAACUGUCUCCUGCUCAGUGGUCAGCUCUGGUCUUCAUCUUACUGUCAUCAGAAGAAGAUCUGGAUGUUUUUGACAUGAAGAAAUACUCUGCUUCAGAGGAGGUCCUUCUGAGAAUGCUUCCAGUGGUCAGAGCUUCCAGCAAAGCUCUGCUAAGUUGCUGCAACCUUUCAGAAAGAAGCUGUGAAGCUCUUUCCACAGUUCUCUGUUCCCAGUCCUGUAGUCUAAAAGAACUGGACCUGAGUAACAACAACCUGCAAGAUUCAGGCGUGAAGCUUCUCUCAGUGGGACUUGAAAGUCUUCAUUGUACACUGGAAACUCUCAGUUUGUCAGGCUGUCUGAUCACAGAAGAAGGUUGUACUUCUCUUGCAUCAGCUAUCAGCUCCAACCCCUCCCAUCUGAAAGAGCUGGAUCUGAGUUACAAUCACUCAGGAGGCUUAGGGAUGCAACGGUUGUCAGCUGGACUGAAUGAUCCAUGCUGGAAACUGGAAAAUCUGAGGGUGGAGCCUGCUGGAGUCCGAUGGUUGAGACCAGGUCUGAGGAAGUAUUCCUGUCAACUCACAGUCGACACAAACACAAUAAACAGAAACCUCAAACUGUCUGAAAACAACAGGAAGGUGACACAUGUGGAGGAGGUUCAGUCAUAUCCUGAUCAUCCAGAUAGAUUUGAUCAGUAUCCUCAGCUGCUGUGUAGAAAUGGUCUGACUGGUCGCUGUUACUGGGAGGUCAAGUGGAGAGGAAUGGUUGAUAUAUCAGUGACUUACAGAAGAAUCAGGAGGAAAGGAGACAGAUAUUACUGUGAACUUGGAUUUAACGAACAUUCAUGGAGUCUGAGCUGCUUUGAUCAUGGUCCUUAUUCUGUUUGGCACAAUAAGACAAGAACAUCCAUCUCCUCCUCCUCCUACUCCUCUUCCUCUGUCUCUAACAGAGUAGCAGUGUAUGUGGACUGUCCUGCUGGCACUCUGUCCUUCUACAGAGUCUCCUCUUACACUUUGAUCCACCUCCACACCUUCAACACCACAUUCACUGAACCUCUUUAUCCAGGAUUUGUUUUUGGGUCCAAUUCUUCAGUCUUUCUGUGCUGAGUCUAAAGAAUGUCCUCCUGUUAGAGAAACACUUCAGAAGUCAGGUUUUCAGUAUUUUUAGACAGGCUGUUUGUUAUUAGAGGUUCCCUUCAGGGACUACAUUAUAGGUCACGCUGUACAGGUAUACCAUUUUUAAAUUUAAUUCAGAUUGUCUGUAUGAUCUCCUGAACCUUCCUCCAGUAUCGAUUAUAUACUAUUUAAUCAGUAAUCAUUCUCUCAACAAUGACUACUAGACUUUCUCACUAUCAAAAUAAUCUAUAGUUAUAUUUUGUCAGUCUUGUUGCCAACUUUUACUAAAGCUGACACUGCAGACAUCUCCUGGAUCCACUCUGACGUAUGUAAUCUUCUAACUUAUAAAUAAUUGCACAAUAUACCAACAGUUACAUUGUUCAGACCCUGGGUUAGCUUGCUUAAUUGGUUUUUAUAGUCAUUUUAACACAUUGGAUUCAGGACCUGCAGUGUAAUCUCAAACAUAGCCAGCACUUUAACAUCAGUGAGAGGGUCGUGGAGAAACCAAAUGAAAGUUAUUAAAAAUUCUUUCGCAAUCUGAAAGCUAAUUUAAUAUUUCAUCAUUUAAUUUCUGAGUUUUAAAUGCCAGGGCACCUUCUAUUGUUUUAACUUUGUUCAUAAUUGUGUAAAAUAAUCUUUUUUUGCAUGGUUUUAAUUAUAUUUUACGUUCAGUUACUUGAUUUUGUGCUGAGAAAACUGUGUAUAUAAUCUAAAAUAAAAGCUCAGCAUUUCAUCUUACAGACAACUUGUAGUACCUGUCAGAAAGUCCGCUCUGUCCCUGCUAACAAGAACAUUUUACUAGAUUACUUUUUGAAAUGAAAGUAACUCUAAUUAAAUUACA